AUGGAUGUAAACAUAAAUGAAGUUUCGAUCCAUUUUCCAUACAAGCCAUAUCCGCUUCAAGAAACAUAUAUGUCAAAAGUAAUUGAAUCAUGUGACACCGGAAAUUAUGCUAUCUUAGAAUCACCAACAGGAACAGGUAAAACUUUGUCAUUAUUAUGUUCAGUUUUAUCAUGGCGCCAACAACGUAACACAUCCAGUCGCAUUAUAUAUUCAUCACGAACGCAUUCACAGCUAUCAAAUGUUAUUAAAGAACUAAAACGAACCAAAUUUCAACCGACCACUUCAAUUAUUGCAUCAAGAACAUAUUUAUGUCUUCACGACAAUAUCCAGAAGAUGGAAUCAUCCUUACAAUCCAGAUUCUGUCGUGAAUUACGACAGAAAAAUCAGUGCAUUUAUGAUAACGAAUCCAAAAUCGAACAAGUAUCAAAAAAAGUAAUAAAUUCACUAUUAGACAUCGAUAGUUUUGUUGAUAUAUGCAGAAACGAAGCCGUUUGUCCUUUUUUUGUUUCCCAAUUUAACGUCAAAACCGCAGAUUUUAUUUUAUCUCCUUACACGUACAUCGCAGAUCCUAUUUCACGCAGUUCCCUUCCCUCAGUUGUUUUCAACAAGUCUGUUGUCAUAUUUGAUGAAGCACAUAAUUUUCCAGAACAAUGUUGUGAAUAUUUUUCAAUGUCCGUUCCUUUCAACAAAUUUUGUGUUUUAAGAAGUUUCUUGAGUCGCCAGCAGUCUAAUGUAAUUGGAGAAGUUGUUACGUUCGGUAUUACAUCUGUAGAACUUGCUAAAGAGUUUUCUAAUUUAGUUUGUGACAAAUUAGAAUUACUUCGAAAAGAAAUUCACCAAAAUUUUGUUUUGAAAAAUGCAAAAUUUUUAUUUGAUUUCUUUUCUAAAUGCAAGAUUGAUUAUAGAACAAUCAGACCCUUCAAACGAUUGUUGAAAGCAUUCCUUGAUAACCCAGUUCUUUACUGCUUAUCGCAGAAUGAACAAGAAAGUUUAGAUUUGAUUUUGCAAUUUUUUGAUUUUUUGUAUCACGAAAACAAAAGAAAUGAAAGUCUUAUUGAUAAUUUUUAUACUAUUUCUUUGAGUACUGAUCAUUGUUUUAAUAUAUACUGCUUCACACCAGAAAAGGCAUUUAGUGAAAUUGUUAAUUUACAACCAAGGACAAUAAUUUUGACAAGUGGAACUUUGGCUCCUUUGGAAACUUUCGCUUCUUAUUUCGGAUACAAAUUUCCAAUUAUUCUUGAGAACCCACAUAUUGCUAAACCUGAGCAAUUACUUGUCAUUUGUUGUGGUGAAGGACCAUUUGGAAAUAGACUUUCUUUUACUUACGCGAAUCGUAAUGAUAAUCAACAAAAAGUUGAGUUGAAAUCUGCACUUUCAAAAUUAUUUUCUUUGUCUCCGAAUGGAUCUUUAGUUUUCUUCCCGAGUUUCUCGAGUUUGUCGGAGUUCGAUGUUCAUAGUAUUGAUACGAAAAAGAAGAUAUUUAUUGAGCCAAGGACAUUUGGAGAUUUUUCAUCAAUUGUUUCUCAAUUUAAAGAAAAUGCUGUUAAAGAAGAAGGUGCAGCUCUUUUCGCUGUUUGUAGAGGAAAAAUGAGUGAAGGAAUUGAUUUUUCUGAUGAUUAUGCUAGAUCUGUUUUUGUUGUAGGAAUUCCUUUUCCUAAUACUAAAGAUCCUAAAGUUAUUUUGAGAAAACAAUUCUAUGAAUCUAAAAAGAAAGGAUCGGGAAUGAAAUGGUAUAUUGAUAGUGCAAUGAGAGUUGUUAAUCAAUCAAUUGGCAGAGCAAUUAGGCAUAAAGAUGAUUGGUCAGUUGUUGUUCUUAUUGAUAAUAGAUAUGAUGGAAUGAUAGAAUUGCUUCCGAAAUGGGUAAAACCAAGUGUAAUUACUCUGAAUAAUUGGAAUGUUCUUGAAAAGAAAUUGAAAUUAUUUUACGAAGAAAAAAGAAAAUUACAAAAAGAAAUAAUUGAAAACAAACCAAUAAAUGAUCCGUAUUUGUCGCAAUUUACGCGUACUCAACGCGAAAUUAUCAAUCCAAAUGUUGUAACUCGAGCAUCAGUUUCUGCUCAUUCAAUCAAGCAAUUACCUGUUGAAAUUCAAGCUCAAAUUUCUCAAGUUCUUCUUCAUUUUAAGAAAACUAAUAAUAUUGAUAAACUUAGAGAAGGAAUACAAGCUAUUGAUGAUGAAAAUGCCAGAGAUAUUAUUCUUUUGAUGAUGAAUGAAAAACUCCGAAAACUUGUUUGUAAUAACUAA